AUCGGUCGAGCAUAGUCGACCAGUCAUUCGUGUGUGCGCGGAGUAGUGCGAAGGAGCGAGCCGAUCGAGUAGUAGUCCACAAUCACGGACAAUGGCCGAAUAGUGUUUGUUGUAUAUGUGCGAGCGUGUUCAGACAGACGACAUCAGACACGAUAUUGUAAAUAGCAUCCAUUGCCAGUGCGAACAUACACAAUAGAACAUCAUUUGAUUAUCGACGAUAUACUAUUAUAUCGAAAAGCCAUCCUCCUUCCUUGUCGGUGGCUUGGUUAUCACACACAUACGCGCAAGCACGCAUACAUAUGCAUAUGUAUAUAUAGCACACACCGUAUGUAUGUAUGUAUAUAUAUAUAUAUGUAUACACACACACACAGUUAUAUACAUUGGUUUCUGUUCUGCUUGUCCCCCUCCACCCUCCCAUCUUUGCUCGAUCGUCAUCAUCUCUAGCUGCUUGCUAACCACAAUAAGUAGAAGAAGCGGAGACGACGACGACGACGGAGGCAGAAGCAGCAGCAGCAUCAUCUUCUGCGACUGCAGCAGUGUUUCUUCAGGUUGUGCAGCAGCGAUAGAGAGGAGGAUGAACGGUGAGGGCGACGGGCAGUCAUGGCUCACGGGAUGGGAGCAACAGUGCGCGGAUUCGAUCGAGGAACAGCCGGACUUCGAGCAGACGCUCACGCUGGAAUCGGACGAUUCGCAGCGCAAGAUAUGGAACGUCUUCCAGGACUCUGCCACGGCCAUCGCACAAUUAUACAGAGAUCGUUACACAGCUGAUCCAGGCACUCUGUGGAUUUCGUUUCAAACAGCGGCUGGUACGGUGACAUCAUUGUACAAAGAAUCGUGUGAUACCAUCAAGAAGUCGAGCGAGAUUUCGAAGCAGGUCGGUUAUCAGAGGAGGAAUCGAGAGCUGCUCUCGUGGGCGAAGAGGAAAAAGACGCUGAUCCGGAGGGAGGAUCUGCUCGCCUAUCUGUCGGGAAAGCCUCCUCCGCCCAGGCAUCACCACCAUCAUACGACACACACUCACAGAUUGUCGCCCAGACCGAGGAACAUUUCGCCGCCUCCCGGGAUGCCGAUGGCGCAAGGCGAUCCGGAGCUGUCCGAUCUGAACACGUUCAGGGAGGCGCUCGCGAGGUCCCCGUCGUCGCGACGCCCCCUCGGCUCGGACCUCUGCGCUUUCAUCGCCGGUGAGAUCCAGAGACACUGCAAACGACCCGCCAGCCCCUCGGACGUCACCAUGGGCAGCCCUAGUCACCAGAAGCGCCCCAGGUACAUGUAGGACAGGCGCAACCAUAGCAACGCCGACGCCAACACCACCACCACUAUCAGUAGCAGCAGCAGCAGCAGCUACCAUAGCAACAGCAGCUGCAGAAACAAAAGAAUAUACGACAAGUGGUAUAUUGAUCCUGACCUUCGGUGCCGACGAACGAAUCUCAUCAGAUGCAAUCCUAACUCGUGUAUAUUAUAUUUAUAUAAGUACAUUCAUAUUAUAUACAUGUAUUUCGUCUCUACGCGCACGCCGAGAUGUAAAUAAGUAUACUUUGGGAACCUGAUGGGAUUUAUUUAUUUAUAUAAUUAGUUAUAAAAAAUAUAUAUAUAUAAUAUAUAUUAUAAAUAUGUACAGUUAUUAAUUAAUCUUAACGAUUUUCAUUUGUUUCUCUAAUUUGUUUACUCUUAGGUGUAUAUAUAUAUAUACAUUUAUAUAUAUAUAUUAUGUAAUAUUUUUUUAGUUUUCUUUCCGUUUCGCAAAGUGUCUCCGUUUUUUCAUAUUCAACUAUUUUUCUCCGUUUGAUUUAAAUUCGUUUGUUUCUUGUUUUCUUUUGUUUUUGGCAAACUCACAGACAACAACAAAAAAAAAACAAAUAACUUAGCAAGUGCAAUUAAUAAAUAAUUAAUGAUGGAAAAUGGGAGAAACUCGGAACGGAACGCCGAGAAAACACGAAAGAAAAUAAUUAACUUAAAGACAAUAUAUCAAAAGAAACAACAAUAACAAUUACAACAACAACAACAACAAAAAACGAACACUUCUGUUUCGCAUCUCGUUCUGUCGAUUUUCUUCUUGCAUAAAGGAAUGAAGAACGGAUACGGAUUAUUGAUAAUAAAGAGCGAAUUUCGUUUCGGACAAAAGAUCCGAAACGCGAGCAGUCUCUUCCUCCUCCGCAACCACCGCCUCUCUCUCUCUCUCCCUUUCACCUCGUUAAUGUCUUCUAAUCUCUAUUAUUAAUUCUAAUUGUUUAAACACACUUUUUUCGUUCGCCGAUUCGUUUCGAGGACGUACGUUUACGCGAUUGUCUGAAGUUUUCUUGUACAAUAAUAAAAUGAAUAUUAAUAUUUGUAAA